AUGGCGCCGCCACCACCACCACACGAUCCAGAAAAGGCCUACGCCGUGCCACCGUCCAGCUCGUCCUCACCCUCGGACACGGACGGCUCGUCGCCCAAAUUUGAAGCCAUCAAGCACACGACCGGCGGCGCGCGGUCCGUCCGCAGCCGCGCCUCGGUCGAGACGGAGCGCAUCGACAACGACGACCUCUACGAGACGCUCGAGCACGCCGUCACCGUCGACCUCGAGACCGAGGAGGAGCGCGCCGCCCGCGAGCCCAUCACCUACACCCGCUCCGGCGCCAGCGCCAGCAGCGUCGCCUCGCGCGCGCCCGAGUUCGAGGUCAUCUUUGACGAGGGCGACCCCGAGAACCCCAAGAACUGGCCGCUCUGGUACCGCGGCUGGACCGUCUUCGUCGCCUCCAUCGGCACCUGGGGCACCACCCUCUACAGCAGCAGCUACACGGCGUCGACGCCCGGCCUGGCCGCCGAGUUUGGCGCCUCGACGACCAUUGUCACCCUCGGCCUCACCACCUACCUCCUCGGCCUGGCCGUCGGCACCCUGAUUGUCGCGCCACUGAGCGAGCUCUACGGCCGGCGCAACGUCUACCUCGUCUGCAUCGCCGGCUGGGCGCUGCUGAUUAUCCCUUCCGGCGUCGCGCACUCGCUGACGAGCAUCAUUGUCGUUCGAUUCUUCGAUGCUUUGUUUGGUUCCGUCAUGGUGGGAAAUGCGCCGGGCACAGUCGUCGACAUCUCGCACCCCGACUACCUGGCGCGCACAAUGUCGCUCUUCAGUCUGGCCCCGAUGAACGGGCCCGUCACCGGUCCGAUCAUCGGAGGCUUCGUCUUCCAGUACCUGGGCUGGCGAUGGGCCAAUUGGGUCAUUCUCAUCCUCGGCGGCGUCACCUUUUUCAUGAUGCUCAGCGUCAAAGAGACGUAUGCGCCAGCCAUUCUUCGCAGAAAGGCGGCCCGCCUGCGCAAGGAAAACGAUGACCCGCGAUACUGGUGCCAAUAUGACUACAAGCUGUCAACGUUUCAUCUACUAAAGGUGAACCUGAGCCGACCGUUUAUUCUCGCCGCUACCGAACCUAUUCUGUGGUUCAUGAACGUAUGGAUUUCCAUUGUCUAUGCCGUCUUAUAUCUCUGCUUCGUCGCCUAUCCCAUCGUCUUCUCACAGCAUCGCGGCUGGUCUGCCGGCACCACCGGCCUAUCUUUCAUCGGCAUCGGCAUCGGAACGCUCACGUCUCUCUGCGGCGAGCCCAUUUUCCGGCGCAUCAUCAACCGCCAGCCGCGCGAUCCCGAGACCGGCAAGGUUCUGCCCGAGGCGCAGGCCAUUGUCAUGGCGGCCGGCUCCAUCGCCGCGAGCAUCGGCCAGAUGGGCUUUUCGUGGACGUGCCUGCCGACGAGCAUCCACUGGGCGGUGCCCAUUGCCUUUGGCAUCCCCUUUGGCUUCGGCAACACAAUCGUCUUCAUCUACGGCUCCAACUACAUCGCCGCCGCCUACGGCAUCUACGCCGCCAGCGCGCUGUCGGGCAACGCCUUUAUCCGCAGCGUCAUCGGCGGCACGCUGCCGCUGGCCGGCCCGACCAUGUACAACACGCUGACGCCGCGCUGGGCCGGCACCGUCCUCGGCGUCCUCGAGAUCAUCAUGAUCCCGAUCCCGUUUGUGUUUUGGCGCUACGGAGGCAGGAUCCGCGCCAAGAGCAGGCUCAUCCGCCAGCUGCGCGAGGACCAGGCGCGCAUGGACGCCAAGAGGGCCAAGGGCGCGGCAAAGAUGGAAGCGAGGCGCCAGAGGGAAGGGAAAGCGGUCGAGCAGACGGCAGUGGAGGAGAAAAAGAGCAAUUGA